AGCACACUUUUCUAUAUACAGCAUCACACAUCACAUUCACGAGCUAUUGAGCUAGAGGGAGAAACUCUUGUAAGUAACAAACUACUUUUUUCUCCACUUACCUUUGACCCUUUUUCUUUCUCUGCAAUGUAAAGCAAUCCCAUCACUUUUUAUUAAAAACUUAAAGCUCUCUCAAUGGGAAAGAAUUCAUGGCUGACUGCAGUCAAGCGAGCCUUCAGGUCUCCUACUAAAGACUCCGAACAAAACAGAAGUUCCCGGAGAAAAGUAGAUAAUCAUCAACAACAACAACAACAAGAAGAGGAUGAAAAGAAAACCGAAAAGCGGCGAUGGGUGUUCAAGAGGCAGUCGAACAAUAAUUACCAACAGUCGGUCGAGCAAAACAAGCAGACACACAACGUGGGCCCGGCUGAGCAGCAGCACGCUAUUGCAGUGGCGGAAGCUGCAGUCGCCACUGCAAAGGCGGCAGUCGAGAUUAUCCGGCUGACUCAGCCCACACUGCUGAAGCUGCAGUGCGCUGCCAGAGUCAUCCAGACAGCCUUCAGAGGCUAUCUGGCAAGGAGAGCUUUGAUCGCUCUAAAAGGGAUCGUGAAACUCCAAGCGCUCAUCAGAGGGCAGAACGUUCGAAAACAGGCUACCCUGACUAUGCGGUACAUGAAAACAUUGCUGAAGGUGCAGGCGAGGAUGAGGGAUCAGCGGGCCCGCCUCUCGCAUGAAGGGGCAAGAAGGUCAAUGUUUGCAGAGACGAGUAAUUUAUGGGAGUCCAACUACACCACCAAAGACAUGAAAUCAAGAUCGAGAGAUGGAAGUUGUGUUACGGAUGAUUGGAGGGAUUGCCCUCGCACGCUGGAGGAGCUUGAAGCGAUUUUAAAAGCUAGAAAUGAAGCUGCAUUGGUGCGAGAGAAGUCGUUGCCUUUCGCUUUCUCGCAGCAGAACAAAAUACUGGACUCCGACAUCGAAAACAGAGCAAAGUGGCUAGACAAAUGGAUGUCCGCAAGGCAGCAGCCGCCAUGGGAGUACACCAGCAGGCCCUCAACCGAGUACAGACGAGCAAGCACCGUCGAGAUCGAGUCACACCGAAAAUCCCGCUGCCAAAGCCCCAUCCGCCAAUCUAGGGCAACAAAAUCCCCCCAAAUCCGAGUCAAAGAGGACAAGUGCCAAUCGGCCGCAAACACGCCCUCCCUACGCUCCACUGUCUCCGUCCCCAAUUACAUGGCGGCCACUGAAUCUGCCAAAGCCAGGGUACGGUGGCAGAGCGCGCCGAGAAAUAGGCCCGAAAGGGAGAGGGGCGCGAGAAAGAGGCUGUCGUACCCGAUGCCCGACCCGAAUUUAGGGGUGGGCCAGAAUCUGAGGAGCCCGAGCUUCAAGAGCGUCCAGGCGGGGUACGUAGGUAUGGAGGAGCAGGAGAGUGUCGGUGGAGAGAUCUCGCCGUGUUCCACCACUGAUUUGAGGAUGUGGUUGAGGUGAAAGAAAGCCCAUUUUGGAAGUUNAAGUGAGCGUCAAGUUUGUUGUUGUGGUUAUUU